AUGUUCGACAAGAUCUUCGGUGCCGCUUCCGUGGCACUGAUCGCCAUCGGCGCGGUCCAGCCAUCCUUCGCCCAAAGUGUUGCAGCCGACGACUGCGCAACAGGCGUUCAUGCGAUCAUUGCCCGUGGCCAAGGCCCUGGGAACCCGAACUCCACCCUGGAUGUUAUGGUCACCCUGCAGGACUUGAUCCUUGCCCAGAUCCCGGGGUCAACCAGCCUCGGGCUCCCCUUCAACUACAACGAGGAGAACAAGUUUGACUCGGUUUACAACGGCGCCCACCUAAUGCAGAGCUAUGUUACGGAAUACCACAAAUCUUGCCCGCAGAGCAAGAUGGCUGUCGUCGGAUAUUCAUUGAUCUACGUACAGGGCGCAGUCGUCAUGACAGACGCGGUUUGUGGAACAUCGUCAUUGCUCCUCUCACCUGUGGCGCCAUUGGACGCAUCCUACAACAAAUUUGUGAUUGCUGCUAUUGCUUACGGGGACGAAACAUUCUUUCCCUUGCAAAAAUGGGACAAGGGCAACUGUACCCUGGGACUGGGCCAAUUCCCUCGUCUUGACCCUGCUGAAUGCGAGCCAUUCGCCGAUGCUCUCCAGAAUUACUGUGACAUUGGAGACUCUCGAUGCUGCGGUAUCCUUCCCUUGGACGGCGACGCCCCCACCACACCUACAUGGCAAAGUACAACCAGGAUGUGGUCGACUUCAUAA